GCAAAAUGGAAGGGUGUAGGUGGUGGCAUCGAAGACAUCAUGGUCAAUAGUGAAAAUUAGGGGAAAAUGAAAUAAUGUCAGCUGCAGAGCAGAGACAGUUUCCAUACAAAGUAUGGAGCUGCAACAGGGAUAUAAGGAAAUCGGUUAUGGCAGCUUCACUUUCAGAUAUCAGAGUAAAAGGUGGAGAAAAACUAGGUUACAGUAACCCCUCCGAGCUCAAAGUGGUGCUAGAAAGUGAUGGAACAGAGGUUGAAGAUGAUAAUUACUUUAAAACAGUGGAUAAAGACACAAUCUUCAUCCUGCUCCGUCCUGCGGAACGGUGGUUCCCCCCUAGCAUGGAAACAUUACGAGCAGCCAUCACAGCCAUCCCUCGAAUUGUUUGUGAAGCUAUCAAUAGCCUGGAACUUGUAGACAAACAGCCAUCAUGGAAGAUUAUGGACAACAAGGGUCGUAUUACAGUUGUGUUACACUGGGAUCAGAGAGAUAUCCACAGGCGGCCAGGCCGCCAGCCGUCCACCAAGCAGGUUCCCGUAUGGAGAGUAGAAGUGAUGUCACAAGAAGCCCAGACUGCUGACCAAACCACUGCCGACACCAGAGACCUCUCUGCUCAGAGAGGAGCUCGUGCCAAACUUAGUCUUGAAGGUCUUGGACCGAGGCCUCCUUCUCGUAUGCUGCCAAAAAAAAACCUGGAAAAGGAAAAUGAAGAGUUGCCAGAAGAAGGGAUAGCUGCUGGACUCAGUGGAGUUGGUGCACAACGCAAAGCUGGAAAAGGCCAUGUUCGCUUUCUAAAUGUUACCCAAGAGUCAAAAAUUUCUCAAAAUGAUGAGUCUGAAUCAGACACAGAAAAUACAGCUUAUGAGGAUGAACAACUCUCGGAACGUUAUCUUUUGCUGACUGAUCAACUAUCUUUGGAGCAAAACCGCCACUUGACUAUUAAAGAUAUUGGUGUUAUUCUAGAAAGGCUCAGUUCUAAAAUAGUAGAUGUAGACAAAUUAGAGCGAGAGAAGGAGAGCUCUGAGGUACACAACUGGACAAUCAAGGCAACUAUUCGCGGAGAAGUACUUCGAGAGAUUGGAGUCAUCUAUAAUGGACAAUACUAUGGGAUAAUGGAGCAUCCAGGGUACUUUUGAUUGAUGUUCUUACCUAAGAAAUUGAAAUUUAUUCCAAUCAUUGAUGCUCAGCUGCUGAGGUUUGGUGCUGCUAGUUAUCAAAAGUAUCCACCUUGUUCACUUACUGGCAAAAGCUCAAAGAAUAAAACGUAUAAAGUAAAGAGUGACUGGAUUUUUGAGUGUAAGGUUUUUCUAUGGUUCUAAUAUUUAAGAGCCAGCAGUUAGGUAAUCUAUUUAAUGUUUUGCUAAAAGUUUACCCUUUUUAAGAAAUACUGUGGAUUUUUAUAAUUUUU